AUCAGGUGAUUCUUCCAAACCGACACCGGCCGCAGCACACCACGUGACGUCAUCCCCAUAAAUAAGGCGGAAGACGCGGAGCGGGUGUCAACAGAGAAACAGCAGAGAUGAGUCCGACACAACAGGGCCUGGUGGUGUUGGGGGGGUGGCUGCUGGUGUGCUGGUGCGUCGGGGUCGCGGCAGAGUUCGACGGGCGGCUGGAUUGGCACUGGGAGCUGUGGAAGAAGACUCAUGAGAAGAAGUACCACACUGAGGCUGAGGAGGUGAGCCGCAGGGAAUUGUGGGAGAAAAACGUGCUGCUCAUAACCACCCACAACCUGGAGGCGUCGCUGGGCCUCCACAGCUACACCCUGAGCAUGAACCACAUGGGAGACCUGACGACAGAGGAAAUCCUUCAGUCCUUUGCGACGCUCCGGCCUCCCACCGACCUGCAGAGGGCGCCGUCUGCUCUUACAGGAACGUCUGGAGCUGACAUUCCAGACACUGUGGACUGGAGACAGAAGGGCUGUGUGACCAGCGUCAAGAUGCAGGGCAGCUGUGGGUCCUGCUGGGCCUUCAGUGCCGCAGGAGCCCUGGAGGGUCUGUUAGCCCGGACUACAGGGAAGCUGGUGGACCUGAGCCCCCAGAACCUGGUGGACUGUUCCACCAAGUACGGAAACCACGGCUGCAACGGCGGCUUCAUGCACAAGGCCUUCCAGUACGUCAUCGACAACCCCGGCAUCGACUCGGACGCUUCGUACCCCUACAGAGGCGUGGAGCAGCAGUGUCGCUACAACCCCGCCUACCGUGCAGCUAACUGCUCUGGGUACCGCUGGGUUCCUCAAGGGAACGAAGACGCUCUGAAGCAGGCCCUGGCCUCCGUGGGACCAGUUUCGGUCGCAAUUGAUGCAACACGGACCCAGUUCAUUUUUUACAGCAGUGGAGUGUAUGAUGAUCCAGGCUGCAGUCAGAGGGUGAACCACGGCGUCCUGGCGGUGGGCUACGGCACCCUGAACGGACAGGACUACUGGCUGGUGAAGAACAGCUGGGGACAGACAUUUGGAGAAGGGGGUUACAUCCGGAUGGCACGCAACAAAAACGACCAGUGUGGCAUCGCUCUGUACGCCGUUUACCCCGUACUGUGACGGACGGACGGACGGAGCACAGGCGACCGCAGACAACACAACUCCUCUGAAAUCUUCCUUUAAGUUGAUUUUUACACUUUUAUCUGAUUUUGGUGGUAUGAUGUUUCUCUUUAGGAGUGUUUUUAUUACUGGUUUUAAGCACAAAAAGGCCAAACACCAGCUCCUUUUAUAAUACAAAGACUCAACAGCGCCUCUGGUGGUGAUUUUAUUACAUUACAAGUUUUCUACAAUGUUGCUCAUAAAGUUGAAAUUAAACAUUUUUCUAUCUUCUCAUAAAAUGAUUGUGACAUUAUGAUUUAUUUUACCUGGUUUAAGGUGAUUAUUACCGCGGCGUAUUAGGCCACGUCGGAAAAAUAAAAACACUUGUCACUACAAGAAUAAAGUUGUAAUGUUUCGAGAAUAAAGUCGCAGUUUUAAAACAACUUAUAAUUUAAUGAACAUAAUGUUGUACUAAUAGAAUAGAAUAGAAUAGAAUAGAAUAGAAUAGGCUUGAUUGUCAGUGUGCUCCAAGUUACAAUGAAAUUGGUUCAGGAUGCCCUUACCGAAGUGCAACAAAUAAAAUGACAAAAUAAAAAAUAUAAAUAUAAAAACAAUAAAUUUAAAAGCACA